GUAAAUCCUAGUGAAGACGAGGCAGUUGUAGUUGUCACACAAGUGAGCAGGUAGUUUUUAACUUGACCUGCUAACUUGCGUGAAAACUACAAACUGCCUUGUCUUCCCUCAGAACUUACUUUAGUUAACUCAAGCUAACACACCUUUUUUUCCUAAUGAACACUCAACUUCAGGGUUGCACUCACAACGGCUUCUCUGGCUUUCUGCUGGUUUCUUUUAAUACAUGUACAUACUUGUGUAUCCACACCUUGCAAAACCAUACCCUAGCCUCUUGCAUUGGCAAUCCAGUAAGCCUUUCAACCCACGUGAUUUUAGCUCUGCUUAGUCCUCAUGCCUUUUAUUGUCUCCAGCUAUCACUACAUAAAGGGGGUUAAUUGUUCCUUUCAUUGAGCUUGAAAGAAGGGUGCUUAGCACACACGUUGCUUUAACCUGGUCUGCCAUUGUUUUUGGAUCACAGACCCACUUGAAGGCAACCAUUAGCAUCUUUCAGCAUAACAGUAUUGUCCUUAUUUUCUCUUUUGUUUCUCUUUUGGUUAGAUCACAGUUUUGAUCCAAGAGCUCAUGUGGUCACCAGCGUUCGGAUGUAAAGAGGCAGGAUUUUUGCUAUCCACUUGGAACCUUUUUGUUCUAGCAAACAAGCUACCCAUAGCCUUCCUGAUCCAGAAGCCAUCUAGGUUUGAUUCUGCACCCAACAGGAACUGAUUGUCUCCUUCAUGGAGGAUGACAGUGAACCAGAGCAGAGUUGCUGGGCCUAUUUGCCUGACGUCUGCCUGAGCAACAUAUUCUGGUGGCUAGAUGACAGGGACAGAUCUCGGGCUGCUUCAGUCUGUAAAAAAUGGAAUCAAGCCAUGUACUCAGGCUCUCUCUGGAGAACCAGAACAAUCACCUUCAGUGGGCGGCCGUCCAGGUCAAACACAUCCGAGUUUGAAUCUGCUCUGUGGUACGUCAAGAGAUUCGGCAAGUACUUGGAACACCUAGAGAUCAAGUUCCUGAAUCCUUACAAUGCUGUUUUGACCCGAAAAUUUCAAGUGACUAUGAGGGGGCUUCUCUCGCGCUUGGGCAAAUGUAACAGCCGUCUGGUAUCCCUGACUAUUCAGCACCUGGAGUUGGACCGAUUGGUCUGGAAAAAUGGGAUCAGGACUCAGUUUAUCAAGAACGUAAGUACUUUCCUGAAAAGAAUGAGCAAGCACCUUGAUUAUCUCAACCUGAAAGGAGCAAGAGUGACACUGGAAGAAGGCUGUGAGCUUUUGAGCUCUUUGAGCUACUUGAAAAACAAAAGUUUUGCCUCUGAAAUCAACAUAGAAGACUUCUUCAGCCACCAUCUUUCCAUCUACAGCAGCCCCUUGUUCCACCAAACUAUGUCCACGUUCCGCAACCUGGUCAUCCUGACUCUCAAUUACAACUGCAUCUCCGAUGAAUUGCUGGAAAUCCUGUGCGAGCACAAUGCCCAUUCUCUCUGGACUAUAAACAUCAAAUGCCACAUCCAUGACCCACACGGGCAGGUGGUUUGGGGGAUGUCCUGGGCCAACCUAGCCAAGAGAGCACCCAAACUGAAAGUGAACUUCUUCUUUGAAAGAGUCAUGAAGCACAACAAUCUAGCCAGGAUACUCUUAGUGGAGAUCCCACUCAGGAGCAUCAGUCUACGGAGCUGCUAUUUCAGUGACCCAGACUGGUCAAUGAGGCCAACCCUCACCUAUCUCUUACCAGCCUACAAGCACAUUCUGCAGAAAUUAACACUAGAGUUCAACAAUGACCAUGAAUUGCUGGAUGAGGAGCUGCUGCAGCUCGUGUUAUCGUGCAAGAGGCUGUUCUUUCUCAAAGUCUGGGCCUUCCUCAGUGUGGCAUUUGUGGAGAGGCUGCUGCAAAAUCGGGCAGAGGGGAAAUGUGUCUUGUGUACCAUGAAGGUGAGGAUUUAUACAACCAGGCAUGAGACCAGCGAAGAGGACCGACUGCUGCGAGACAUUUACAAGAAGUUCAGAAACCUGAUCGACUCAGAGCUUAAUUAUUUUGUCAUCGCCUACCCAAUGGUGUGA